AUGGAGGAACGUAACACAGUGAAUGGAGGUGGAGAGAGUAACUGCCCGUCCAGCGACAGGCGAAUCAUCAAACUGGCUGAGGAGGACAUAAACCGAAUUGCAGCUGGGGAAGUUAUUAUCCGUCCAUGUAACGCGUUAAAGGAGCUGAUCGAGAACAGUCUUGAUGCGAAUUCAACAAACAUAAGUGUGCACCUGAACAAGGGGGGGUUGAAGUCACUACAAAUAAUAGACGAUGGAGAUGGAAUACAUAAGGAUGACCUUCAAAUUGUGUGCGAAAGAUUUACGACAAGCAAAAUAACAAACCAUAAAGAUAUUCGGUCGAUUAAAACCUUUGGUUUUAGAGGAGAAGCAUUGUCCUCCAUUUCGCACGUCUCCUACUUAACCAUAACGACGAAGAAGAGAGGGGCCCCUUUUUGCUACACAUGUUCCUACAAAGAUGGAAAACCCACACAGGAAGAGCCGACCGUCUGUUCAGGCAAAGAUGGAACCAUAAUAAGGUUCGAUGAUUUGUUCUACAAUAUGAACUCUAGGCUAAGAGCGCUAAACCAUAAUGAUGAAUACAAUAAGUGUCUUGAGGUGUUGCAAAAGUAUGCAAUUCACUACCCCCAUGUUGCUUUCACGUGUAAGAAGUGGCUCAGUAACACCGUCGAUUUGAGCACACAGGGGGUGGGGAAAGGCAUUGGUGGGUUGGGGGGCAUUUACGUUAUUAAAGGGAAACGGAAGGAGUUAUUCCGCGAGAUUGCCACGAUGGGGGAGGCCACCGAACAGCCAGGUAAUAACCUCCUACAUGGGGAAAACACCCCCCCUACAGACAGACACACAGAAACAGACGAAGCAUGCACCUACACAGAGGUUGAGAAGAAAAUCCUCGAAGAGGAGAAACAUCUGGACACAAAUUACGAAACGAAUUUAAACAACGUAAAGUUAACCAUUCAAAAAAUAUACGGCAGGAAUAUUUCUAAAGAGCUGAGUUGUAUUUUCAUAAAAGAGAAAAUCCCCACCUUUUUCAAGUGCUAUGGGCUGAUAAGUAACCCUACCUAUGGAGGGAAAAAGGGCAGCUACAUCUUUUUUAUAAACGAUCGUCUGGUCGAGUCGGGGAUACUAAAACGGAUGUGCGAAAGUCAAUAUGCUAACUUCCUUGCCAAGGGGAAUUACCCCUGGGUUUAUCUGUCCAUACGGCUAAAGUACGACAUCGUGGAUGUAAAUGUGCAUCCUACAAAGAAGGAAGUGCACUUCCUCUACCAGGAGGAGAUAGCCAUGCUGAUUUCGAAGCGGAUAGAAGAAUUUCUGAAGAAUUUUCACAACGCCAGAAGCUUCGGGGCGCCCACCGUCAACAUGGUACAAACGAAAUUCGACCUGUCUUCCAUGAAGGUAGAGGUGAAGAGGGAACCUCCCAUGUCCAGCCAAGGAAGAAACGAUGCCAAGAGGGAUAAUGCACCCCUCACGGGGAAUGAUACGAAAAAGCAGAUAGAUACCAAGCGGGUUCGCACGGAUCACAAACAAAUCACCCUGACAAAUUACUUCGUAAAAAAGGAGGCGACGAAGACAGACGAAGACACAGCACUGGUCGUGUUCGAGGAUAAGGAGUACGAAGUUCAAAAGUUGGAGGCACCUAAGCCGGCUCUUUACAACACCAACGUGGAAAAACAUGUAAGCAGUACCAAGUACGACAGAGUGUACCCAUGUGAAUGUGAUGAUAUAAGCAGCAUAAGGAAGUUGAAAAAAAUUUGCGAAGAAAAGGAAAAAAAGGAACUAACCGAAUGUUUGAAAAACUCCAUAUACGUAGGAGCAGUGGAUAAUUUGCACAGCCUCAUUCAGUACAAGGAUAAAUUACUCAUGAUAAAAAUGCCACUGAUCAUAAAAGAAAUAACCUACCAAUCGAUCCUCAACCGUAUUGGGAGAAUUCCCCCCUUCAAGUUUGACCCUCCAAUUCCUCUGUACGAUUUGUUACUAGUUGCCGUGAACAACUCCCACUCAGGUUACUUCGAAAACCCAGACUACGCAACGAAGAACAUGGAAAGGAUCUGUAACGAAUUGGAACAAGUGUUCUACUCCUAUGAGGAAAUGUAUGCAGAUUAUUUUUCCCUCAUUAUUGAGGACGGUUGUGUGUGUACCUUCCCCGCAUGCUGUGGGGAGUAUUUUCCUGGACAAGAGUUCCUUCCCCUCCUCUUCUUAAGACUCGCCACCCAGGUAGACUAUGAGAAGGAACUCAAUUGCAUCAACGGAAUAUGCUACUUGAUAGCCAAUUUUUAUUCCAAAGUUACUCUCCUCGAUGAUAAGGAAUGGACAUUCCAAAACGAGUUACUCAUGCUGAAGGAGAAGGAAAUACAAAUGUUACAGGGUCAAGCGGAUGCAGAAGGGGGAGGAAAAGGAUCCCCUCUAGCCAACGACGAACAAAGCUACCACUUCGAAAAUAUCUUGGGGGACGAAACCGUUGUGGAUGUGAAUAGACAUUUGGCUGCCUCGAAAAAUAUAAACCUCGUUUUUGAAAAAUACUUCUUCCCCAUGAUUCAGUUGAACACCGUCAUGAGGGUCCCCCGCACCUUCUCCACCAAUGGGUACAUCAUCGAGUUGACCUCCCUCAACCAGCUGUACAAGAUAUUCGAGCGUUGCUAG